GUUCAUUCAAACUCAAAGUGGAUUCAAAUUUUAAAAUUUGUAAAAAGUUUAGUUCAAUUUAUUUUAUUCAGUGGUAUUAAGUUUAAAAUGUCUGCAUGUAAAUCUUCUAAAGCUAAUCUUGUAGCAAUAUAUCAUUUGGAGUUUUAUAAAAAGCAAAACAACUGGAAAUUCAGUUCAUCGCGCCGGCUGAAAAGGUCCUCCAAGAAUCGCGAACACAAAAAUGAUCUAACAGAUACAACAGACGUUCACAAUACCCGCAGCACCAGUCUAGACAACACAUACACUGUUGACACCAUUCACAAGGACAACUCCGACUUGCACAAUGUCGCCUUUGUAGAGAUGGAAUCAGAAUCAUUAGCAGAAACAAACAAGCUGGCACUAGAGUGGCAGGCGCCUGUCAACAUAUGGCCCAAUGAGCCGGCCGACGCAGCACAGGACACAGACGGAUGUGCACAAACUGUGCAGACAGCCUCCUGUGCGUGUUGUGGGGACGGGCCCAAGAUGUCCACCAUGCAGAGACUUCAGCACCUGAUGGAGGUCGCCAAACAAAAUGGUUACUGUGAUGACAACAUAAACAGUGAAUAUAAAGCUGCAGCUCAAGAGUCAGCCGGUGCCAGUUUUGAUGGGACCACAAAUUACGAAUGGACCAGUGACUGUGUUGGUGGUGACGAAUGCCCCGCACUGAUGGAGGCUCAGGAGAUGUGGUCCGACAUGGCAGACGCGUGCUGCGGCGGGGGCGGCGGGGGCGGCGGGCCGUGCGCCCACUGCUGGGCGGGCGGCGCAGCUGCAGCCGACAUGCUCGACAUGGACGAGGACACGUCCGGUGACAGCGAGGCGGAGUUCAUGCGCGGCGCGCACGUGGCGCCGCACUCCUCCGAGCUGGAUCUGUCGCUGCCCGCGCCCGAGCUGGUCGCGCCGCUGCCGCGCUGCCUGGCGCGCCUGUCCGCGCGGCAGCUGGAGCAGGCGGCGCAGCGGCACGCGCGCGCGCUGGCGCUGCUGCAGCACGAGCGCGCGCGGCGGCAGAAAAUACGUAACAUGGCGAACCUGACCGCGGACAUGAGUGGUUACGAAGAGUACCCCACCCGCGACGUGGGGCUCGCCCCCCCGCAGAGCAGGGACCCCUUCGUGGCCGGCUCGCACCGCAGCUCGGGGAGACUGCCCCCUCUGGCCUGGGACUUGUUGAUGUAACGGAGAGAAGAAAACAUUACGGGUAAGGAGAACCGGCUUAUUGGGACAAACUCAUAUACAGUGAGUACUUUGACAAAGUCCUGAAGUGCUGCUCUUAGAUCAUAUCGAGUUUUUGAAUCGGUCGUAAAUCGACAACGAUCGUUGAGCGAGGUCAAGUUUGUGUCUUCACUAUCUGUAUUCGAUUGUCUUCGAUCGCGAGGACGGUGUUGAGGGUGUUGGUGUAGCGAGUGGUGUGAUGUUGUCACUUACCGUCAGAUGGGCGACUGCGCUCCGUCAAAUAUUACUGCAACUAAAAGUGGAGUGAAGCGGGUUGAGGAGAAACAUGCGACAUCUCAGGUGAUUAAUGUACUCGAUGUUAUAUGAAACCUAAACUGUAUAUAUUUACAUUUUUUUAAAUAAAUAUUAUACUGGCAAUAUACAAAACUGUCGUGUGUUGUCUGUAAGACGUCUAACGAGGCGAGACAAAGAAUGUAAACAAAUAGUCAACAGGAGCUUGCGAUAGACAAGGACAGAAAUGACAUUCGUUUUCGCAUGUAACUCUAUAACGCUCGGGAUACGUAUUUUACCUCCUCAGUUACAUUAGACGCUGAGCAUGAUAUCGCUGGCUAUGGGGCGCCCCCUACACGUUUGAAGGACUCUUUAUAAGUUGUCGCACGAGGCGGUUCUCCCUACAACUACAUGUGUAUUUCCUGUUGUCUGUGAUUAUUCAUUUAUUCAGUAUUAUGUAUAUUGGAUAUGCUCUCACUUUGUUUGUCUAUAUUUCAUAUAAUGAAAGUUUGACAUCAAAUGUGUAGUGUAACUGUUCAGAACGUGUUUUGCACUGUGACACUGUUAUGAACUCUGACCUGGAUAAUAAAAAUGUGAGGUUUUCUGAUUGUCAGAAAGGGAGAUUUUUCUUAGUGGAUAUAUUUCAUUAAUGUUUUUGCCUCAGAAUUUCGUGUCAGUUUGCCCCAGAUUAACAUAUUAUUAUACUUAAUUACACCCACGUUAUUUUGAUUAGAUAAUUUCAUUAAAUAAUAAAAAGUAGUAAUCUGUCGCCAUAUCGUGUUAGUCACAGAUGUCCGUAUGUGCAGAGCGUUCAACACUAUUAAUGUUAGCACCUGCUUACCUACUCGGAGAGAUUCCAAAGCUGUUACGAUAAGUUUUUUGUUGAUUUUUUUAUGGAGAAAAUUUUUCCUUUUACGUUGAAGAAUGUUGAUUUUUUUUUUGUUAAGAUGUUUUUUAUGUAGGUAUGUACUCGUACCUAAUUAUUUUUUUGUGAAAAAAUUGUUUAUUUUACGUUGAAAAAUGUUAAAAUUUUCUCAAGAUGUAAUGUUAUAAAAUGAAUAUAAGUAAAGACUGGUUCAUUAACACAGCAAGUCUUGGUUUCAUAAGUUGAGUGAGUGAAGAUAAGACUGCGAAGAGUUAUAAUUAACUCCAGUAAUCAUAAUCAUAAACCAUUUAACAUUCGAUAUGUUAUUGUAUUUACCAUAAUGUUAUAGUUACAAGUGCGCGCCGUGAGUUAUUAGCGAAGUUCGUAAUUAGACAAAAUUAGUGUAAACAAAUACCUUUACCUAGUGUGUAAUUGUAGCAUAGUGCGGUGCGGGGGGGGGGGGGGACAGUAACGAGACGCAGUUUGAAAUGAAAUAUCACUCAUAAAUUGAACAGAAGCUAUCCAAGUUUUCAUUAAAUUAAUAAAUGAUUUAUUAAUUCAUUUAUAAAAAUGUGUUAUAGAUUAUUGUUUCACUAAGUGACCUUCAAUCACUCACGACAUUAUUCUUCCCACGUUUUAGCGUUGAAUAAUACGUAACUGCAUACUUGUGGACCUGCGCCUGCGCGCCGGUAUACAAUGUACACAAACGUUCUGCUUCUCUAUAAUGCCGCCGCCACACGAUGCUCCUCGUGCUGCCGCGAAGUUCGUUGAUUACACUCCCGUGAUAUGCGGGGCGACGGGAAAGGAAGGACCGCGCAUGUAUGAAGUCGAGCGUGAGGGCAUCGCUAAACCCCACCCCCCGACCCCCGCGGACCAUCGGACCUUAUCUCGCGCUCGCGACUAAAUGCUCAGGACGAGCGGCAGGACGAGUGACGUGGCCACACGACGUCUCGGUUCACUUCCCAUGCCAUUUGUGCAGCUAUUUGAGAGGAGUUUAUAUAUCAAUUUAGAACAUAGAACGUUGUGAACUCUAAAUGUUAGUUUACUUACAUUUAUUAUUAUUCAAUUGAUCUCUUAUAUAGUAUCGUGAGUGUCAGUGUACAGUAGUCUGUUGUUAUUGAAUACAACCAGCGGCUGUGUGAUGUCAACACUGAAUACCUACCGACUGCUGUACAUAACUAUUUUGUGUAGAAUAUAGAUUUGUGUGUCAAAUCAAACAGUGAUACGGUUAAUGGAACUAAUAUCUUGUUGUAACUGAAAUCUUAAGAUUUCAAAGUGUUUCUCAAUAUUUUAUAAAUUGCCAAAAUGUGCCUUACACUUGAUUACUUUUGUAGU